CUGAUCAGACGUCCAACUCAAUCUCGUGCAUUUUAAUAAUUUAAUGACGUUCGUAAAGCGGUCAAAAUCAUUUGUACUUCUAAUUUAUUUAAUCUCAAGUUUGCUAUUACGGGUCUCAGAAGCGUCCGUUGUUUCAUCCGGAGAUUUUAGUAAGGACUUCCUCGUGACAUGGUCUCCAACCCACGUUAACACCUCCAGCGAUGGUCGAUCAAGAACUCUUAAGCUUGAUCAAGAAUCUGGAGCUUCCUUUUCUUCCAUCCAGACGUUCUUGUUCGGAAAAAUAGAUAUGAAGAUCAAACUAAUUCCUGGACCUUCUCAAGGAACCGUGGUUGCUUAUUAUAUGUCCUCGGACCAGACAAACCGGGAUGAGAUAGACUUUGAAUUCUUGGGAAACGUGAACGGGCAGCCUUAUAUUCUUCAGACGAAUAUCUAUGCCGAUGGAGUUGACAAUCGUGAAGAAAGGAUCCAUCUCUGGUUUGACCCAACCAAGGACUUUCACACCUAUUCCAUCUUGUGGAACGUUCACCAAAUUGUGUUUAUGGUGGAUCAAAUUCCGAUAAGACUGUACAGAAACCAUUCAGAGAAAGGAGUAGCCUAUCCAAGGUUGCAACCUAUGAGUAUAAAAGUGAGUCUAUGGAACGGUGAGAGCUGGGCUACAAGUGGUGGGCAUGAGAAAGUUGAUUGGUCGAAGGCUCCAUUUGUGGCAUCCUUUGGGGAUUACAAGAUAGAUGCUUGUAUUUGGAAAGGCAACCCAACAUUGUGUAACGAAGAGAGCAAUGAAAAUUGGUGGAACAAAAAUGAAUUCAGUUCUUUGACAAGAGUGCAAAAGAGAUGGUUUAAAUGGGUAAGUAAGUACCAUUUGAUUUAUGAUUAUUGCCAAGAUUAUGCAAGGUUCCAUAACAAGCGCCCCAAGGAAUGUUCUCUUCCUAAAUAUUAAAGAUUGAAUUUGCAUUUGCUCUUCAGCUUUUAUUUUAUAUUCAUUAAUUAUAAUUUUUAUCUAUUUUCUAAAUGUGUUUGUUCUUCGUUUGUAAAAGUAUAAAUACUGGUUUUCGUGA